AUAUCGAGAAGCUCAUCCAUACAUGUAUGCGUAUUGAAAAUGGCACUUACAGAUAAUGGACAAACGACGAGAAUUGCAAUUAUCGCAGUGUGUAGUUUGAUCUUUGUGGGCAUAGUGAUUGCUGUGGUGAUUGGGUUUACCACGAACAGCCCCAAAGGUGAACCCUAUCGCGACAAUGAAGACGACGACGACGACGACGGUUUCCAAGUAUCCGAUUCGGUUAAAGCAGUCAAGUCCAUCUGCCGGCCAACGGAUUUCAAGCAAACAUGUGAAGAAGAACUUCUUAUAGAGGCCCGAAAUUCGGCGGGUGUCAAAGAGCUCGUUGAAGCGGCGUUCAAGGCCGGGGUGAAAUUCGCGACGCAUGCCGUGGAGAAUUCGACCGCGUUGAGAGAACGCACGAAGGAUCCGAGGGCUCUGUUGGCGUUGGAGAAUUGUAAACAAUUGUUGACGUAUUCGAUAUUUGAACUCCACAAGUCAAUUAGCAAGGUGGAUGAGUUGGAUGUGGGGAAUAUUGAUAGGGUUUUGGAGGAUUUGAAGAUUUUGUUGAGUGCUACAAUUACCAAUCGACAAACAUGUUUAGACGGAUUCCACAAUACGACGACGACGAUUUUCAGAGGACAUAUGAAGGAUGCGUUGAAUAUGUCAAUGAGACUCAGUAAGAUCGGGCUUGCAAUAACUUGCGAGUUGUCCGAUACGCUUAAUCAAUUGCAGUUUCAAGGUGUAAGUCGUGGACUUCUCGGCCAUGCGGAUUGGUCAUCCUUGUUGGAUGAGAGUCCUCGGGAGCGUCGGUUGCUUCAAGAAAAGGAGCCUCAUGUAAUUGGCCAUAUGGAUUCUUUACUCCAAGAAAAUGAUCCUCGAAAACGUCGAAUCAUAGAGAAUGAUCCAUCCAAAUUGAAGCCUCAUGUUGUUGUGGCUGAGGAUGGGAGUGGAGACUUCAAAACCAUUGAGGAUGCAAUAACUCUCAUCCCCCAUAAUGCUCAAGAGCCUUUUGUCAUAUACAUCAAGAAAGGAAUUUAUGAGGAGAAUAUCAUAUUCAAUUACAACAUGACUAACAUCGCACUAAUCGGAGACGGUAAAGAGAAAACUCGAAUCACUGGUCGUCUUAACUAUGACGACGGUCUCAAUACCUUUAACACGGCCACCGUCGCCGUUCAUGGCGACUUCUUCUAUGCUAAAAACAUCGGGAUCGAAAACACCGCCGGUGCUGCCAAACACCAAGCCGUUGCUUUAAUGGUGAUAUCCGAUUUCGCCGUCGUGUAUAAUUGCUCCAUCAAUGGCCACCAAAACACACUUUACGUUCACAGCAAACGUCAAUUCUAUCGCGAUUGCACUGUCUCGGGGACGAUUGAUUUCAUCUUCGGAGACGCGGCUUCCGUCUUCCAGAACUGCAAAUUCGUGGUCCGGAAGCCUUUGGAAGGGCAAAAAAACGUGGUCACCGCACAAGGUCGAUCUGAUGAACGUCAACCGACCGGUAUCGUCAUUCAAAACUCGACGAUCAUUGCCGACGAUGAUUUAGUUCAUUUAAAAAACCGAUACCCGACGUUCCUCGGUCGACCGUUAGGGAACUUCUCAAGGACAAUCAUAAUGGAGACGUUCAUCGACGACUUCAUUAAGCCAGAAGGAUGGACAGUUGGGGAUGAUCAUCGUGGCUUAGAAACUAGUCACUUUUCCGAAUACAACAACCGUGGGCCUGGUUCAAGCACGACUGGCCGUGUAUCGUGGCCGGCGAUAAAGAAACUUUCGCCGACCACGGCACAUGGUUUCACUCCGGGAAAGUUCUUCCUUGGGGACGACUGGAUAAAGGCUAAAGGAGUGCCUUAUACAUCUGGGUUUUCCGAGAGGCAAACAAGAAAGUUAAACAUGGAAGUUCCAUCUGUUUUGGCGGCUGAUAAUUGACAUUCUGAUGAAUAUUUUCUCGGAUGCCAAACGGCCCCGAGUUUUCAAGAGAUUCUAAAGAAGGGACAAUUUAAUCACUUUCAAACAAAACAUAUAAUCAGAUUCUUAAGUUAGAUUCUUGCAACAUUUGAAGACAUCAUUGAUUUUUGUUAUGUUUUAUCUGUCUAAGACAUCAGUUAUGUUCGUACAUAG